UCCAGGUCACACCGCGAGGUGCAGGCGGCGGACGGGCUCGGCGCGGCGGAGCGAUGGCGGAGGAGUCGAAGCGCGCCGGCUCGGAGUCGGGGCCGGCUUGUCAGGCCGCGGCCGCCGCAGACGCCGCGGAGUCCUCCCUGCAGGCCGCCGAGGUGGCCCCGAGGUCGUCGCGGGCGGAGGAGCAGGGCGGCAAGUGCGUGUUCUGCCGCAUCGCCGGCCGGCGGGAGCCCGGCACCGAGCUGCUGCCCUGCGAGAAUGAGGACCUCGUUUGCUUCAAAGAUAUCAAACCAGCAGCACCUCAUCAUUAUCUUGUGGUGCCAAAGAAGCAUCUUGGAAACUGUAGAGAGCUAAAGAAAGAUCACAUAGAACUGGUUGAGAGCAUGGUAGCUGUUGGGAAAACCAUUCUUGAAAGGAAUAAUUUCACUGACUUCAAAAAUGCAAGAAUGGGUUUCCAUAUGCCUCCAUUCUGCUCCAUUUCUCACUUGCACCUUCACGUUCUGGCGCCUGUUGAUCAACUUGGCUUCUUAUCAAAGUUGGUUUAUAGAGUGAAUUCCUAUUGGUUUAUUACAGCUGAUUGUUUGAUUGAAAAACUAAGAACAUGAAAAUGUCAACAGUGGAAGAUUUUCCUAAUCUUGGUUCAACAUAAACUAAUAUUUUGGUCCCUUUGAAGUCUAAUUAUAAUUGUAAGGUUUGUUGGGUUUUAUGAGAGGCUAUUACUGGCUGCUAGACUUAAAUUUUUUCUGAAUGUUUGUUUCCUGAGAUCUGUGAUACAGUUACUUGGAUACUCUGUCAUUGACUUUUUUAUUUUAAUGGUUACUUGUUUAAGGUUUAAGAUACCAUGGAUAAAAUCCCAUUAAAACAAAUUCCAUUAAUCAGGAAGGGCUAUUUUUUUAUAAACAGUUCGAAUAUUUUCAUUCUCGAUAGUCUAUUAUAAUAGUGAUUUAUUUAUGAAGAAUAAACUGGUAUGGAAAGUAUUUUGUUGGAGCCUUUAUUAUUACGAAGGAGAAAAGGGGAUUAACCAUUUCUUGACAGUUCUAUAAUUGUACACACAAAAUUUCAAAAUGAAGAGUACCAUACUACAUAGUGAUUUCUUUUCUUGUUGAAGGAAAUAAUUGUAUGUGUGUAAUUUUUUACUCAGAUUUUAGACACUGAUUUUCACUUCUUGAAGCCUAACAUUUUUGUUAAUAAAUUGUUCCUGAAAGCUAUGUGAUAUUACAUAAAGUAAUUUUUAAUGGUGAGCUUACAAGAACAAUCAAUUUGGUUAUCCAAGAGAAUUCACUAUACUGGCAUUUUACCUGUAAGGACGUGAAUGGGGAAGAAACAUGAAAUAGUUAUAGUAAUGUAUUAAAAACUGGUAGAAAUUGUUGUUUCAUGGUUUGUUUAUUGUACCAAAGGAAAAGUAGAAUUAAAAAGUGAUUAGGCCUAGCUUUUAUCAUGAAAUAAUCUUGCUUUGAAAGUACAAAUAGAUAAGCUUGGAUGAGAAAAUUUAUUUUAAUAGCUCAGUGUUAGCAUUAGUGAUACAUCAUUUCAUGAGACAUGCUUCUUUAGGUUUUGUUCUGAUCUGUGGUCACAACAGUGAAUGUGAGUGAAGAGUAAGGUUGUGAAAGCUAAUACUUCACUGUGCCAGUUCAUGAAUAUAAGUGAACACGAGGACUAAAGUACUGAUGUUAGAAUAGGCUGAGAUGAUUCAUUUUCUUGCUUAUUAUUGGCAUGAUAUUAAGCAUAAUUUGAAGUAAUGAAAUAGUACAAUGUUUAAUUACAAUAUCUGGGAUAUUUAGUUACAACAUCUGAAAUAAAUCUCAUUCAUUUAUUCAUUUAACAAACAUUUGCAGAGUAUUUAACAUUUCGAGGAUCAGGAUAUACAGGUGAGAAAGGACAGCCUGUCUUUAAAUGCUAAUACAAGGGUCAGAUGAAACGAGUCAGUAUAGUUUAGUGUGUCAAGUGCUCUCAUGCCCACAGAAGAGGCUGUGGAAAGAAAUUCAGUUUUGAGAGCAGAUGGCAGUAUAACUGAAUAUUUAAGACACAGUGGUAGGCAGGUAGACAAUGGACGUUUAGGCCAAGGGACCCACAUGUACUUUUCCUGAAUUCUUGCUCCGUUAUUUACUUUACAAUUGAAGUGAAUGUUCACAUUCCAUGUGGAAGGUAGGGGCUAUGGGCUCUUAAAAUUAGAUUUCCAAGCUUUUCAGCACUGCUUUGUUCUACCAACACAGAUUAGCAGUUACAAGUUUGCAGAAAACAGUUGAAAUACGACCGCUGCAGAAAAGGAAUUUUGUGUAUACACAACAUAUUGUACUAUGUGAACUUGCAAUGAUAAAAAUGACACUAUUAUGAUAAUAGCACAUAAGAUACUUAAAUUCUCAAAUGCCUUAUGGACUUCUUCAAAAAUAUGAUUAGCCAACUGAUUUAUAUAGGUUUAUACUCUGUCAUAGUUAAGUUUUCCUUCUCUGUUGGAAAACCCUUGAUUCUUAUACUCUUAGCAGCACUUCUCUUUUACUUAUAAAGAUUAAUAAAUUACUACAAUUAAAAUUCACUCAGCUUUCUCAGUAGUUAUUUAGUAACUCAGUAGCUAUACAUUAACUCAACACAAAACUAACUCAUAACUUAUCUUUAAAAUGUUUAAAGUAAUAUCAAGAGCAUUAUUCAUGCAUGUUAUGAUAUUGUUUGUAAUUGAAGAAUUGUAAAAUGAUUAGUGAGCUGUUUUAAACUGUGCUUAUUUAGCUAAAAGAAAGCUAAAUAAAUAUGGAAAAAUACUGUGUCAA